AAUAUUCCUUCAUAUUCUCUUCCAUCUUUAUCGUUCCGUCUCUUGCUUUGCUUCAAUCAAUGGCAGUGGUAGCUCUGAAACUCUUCGUCACUCUUCUCUUCUUCCUAUGUCUUCUCUCUCCUCUCACUUCAGCUAAAUCCACCGAUUUCCAGUAUUGCAAUAAAAGGGCCAAUUAUGAUGUUAAGGUCAGUAAUAUAGAUAUAACACCCUAUCCUGUUAAGGGAGGUAAAACGACCACAUUCAGUAUUACUGCAGACACAGGUAAGAAUCUCACCGGAGGAAAGCUGGAGAUUGAUGUCAACUAUUUGUUCUUUCAUGUCCACCACGAGACCAUCGACCUUUGUAAGGAGACAUCUUGCCCAGCGUCCGGUGAUUUCGUCAUUUCCCACUCACAACAGUUGCCUGGAUUUACGCCACCUGGAUCAUACACUCUGACAAUGAAGAUGAUGGAUGAAAAGAAUACGCAACUGUCAUGCAUAAGUUUUAGCUUCAGCAUCAGCCUUUUUGAAGAAUCCCAGGCAUUAUCAGCAUCUAGCUAGGUGGUCCAAGGAUCUAGUGACAAAUAAUGGUUCUCCAGUACUGUUUCUGCUUAAUGUAUAAUACUUGUAUUAUGUGUUCUGUGGUUUUUUCUUGUACCUCUUUCUACAGUAUUACUAGUGGAAAAACAAAAAAAGGAAAAAGCUCAUGCCUGCUAAAGGGCAAAAUAUUUGAUGCUCCUGCUGCUUGAGAGGGCAUCUAGUCAUAUUCCUAGUCCCAAUAAGGCUUUCUUUUUCAAGUCAAGAUUGGUUUGGUUUCAACUCUAUUUUAGUGAAACUUAAAAUUUCAA